AUGUGGAACGACGAGGAAGACAACAAUCCAUAUGGCACCAGCUUUGACCGCCGGGAUUCAGUCACCUCUUCCUCAGCAAAUCCAACAUCACCCACGUCGCGAGACUACCCUCGCUACGAUGCACCCAACACCCCCUCGUCGACCAGCGACGAAGCCCCGCCGCCCCGUCCGUAUGGCCAGCAGCAGGAACACAGCGAUGUCGAUAGCGAUGACGACUACGCCGAGCAAGCCAGGAGUCAGGUCCCCAAGAGGAAGCCUGGUGGUUACGACAGUCGCAUAGAGCAGAUCCUCUACGAGAACCCAGAACUGCCCAUUCUAAUCACAGAUGCUGGAAAGAGCAUGGAGCACGGCGGCAAGUACAUUGUCUACACCAUCCGAACUGGCGAUCUCGAAGUCCGACGACGAUAUUCCGAGUUUGCUUCUCUGCGAGAUGCCCUCACUCGACUUCACCCAACUCUCAUUAUUCCUCCCAUCCCAGAUAAGCACACCAUGGCAGACUACGCCGCCAACCCCACAAAUGCCAAGCAGGAUCAGCAGAUAAUCGACCUGAGAAAGCGCAUGUUGGCCGUCUUCUUGAACAGAUGUCGACGCAUGGAGCAAGUAAGGAACGACGGCGUCUGGUGGAGAUUCUUGGAUCCCAAUGCCAGCUGGAACGAGGUUCUCCACUCGCAUCCCGUUGCUUCGAUCCCCAAGCAGGUUUUGAAGGCGCCGCCCUUGAAUACAGCCAACCCGUCACCUGGACACUCCUGGCUUCCUGUCCCCGCCGCUUCGGCCAAGCUAAAGACAGGCCCCUCUCCAGCAUUUGACGGGUCAGCGAGUGUAACUGGACCUCAAAUCAUCCAUCAGUUUCCCCCCGAGAACCAUGAACUGAACGAACAGGAAUUGGACCCCUAUUUCAUAAGUUUUGAAACCUCUAUCAAGGAACUCGAAAAGCUGUCGAUGGGUCCCAUGGAGAAGGUCAAUCGUCGCACACUGAGCCAUCUCACCUCUCUGUCGACUGAUCUAUCUGAUCUGGGCGCCAAGUACAACGCUUUCGCUUUGUCAGAACAGUCGGACACAUUGGGUGCUGCUAUCGAACGGGUGGGCCAGGCCGCUGAUACCUCGUAUAUCGCAACUGAGGAGCUUGCCGGUUCGCUUGGUGCCAGCUUCGCCGAACCUAUGAGAGAAAACGCACAGUUCGCGAGCGUUGUUCGCAGCGUCCUGCAAUACAGACUCUCAAAGAGGGUACAGCAGGAGAUGACCAAUGAUGAACUACAAAAGAAGCGCGCUCUUCUUGACCAAUUGGAGCGAAGCGAAGCUGAAGCGCGCAGAAUUGAACAAUAUUUGAGUAGUUCGCAACAAAUUAGUGGGAAUUCUCACCAUCAGCCGCCUCGAAGAUCGUCAAGUAUGAGGGAGACUUCAACGCAGCACUAUAGGGAGGGCAGUGGGGAGGACACCGCAUCAUUCGACUCCGAUUUCCCUCCCACACAUGGAGAUUUCUCUUCAGCUCCUUCAGCAAGAGUAGGGGCUCCGGAGCAUACUAGCCCUCCCCCUACCCACAAGAAAGCACCGAGCGGUAACUCCAUCACUAAUAAGAUCUUCGGGCCGAUCCGUCAUGCUAUACAGGGCGUUGCAGAUGUCGACCCUGAAAGGACAAGACGUGAUACCAUCGGCAAGACCAAGGAAAGCAUUGAACAGCUCGAGCAAGCUCAAGUUGUUUCGGCGCAGGACGUCAAAGACGCAAGUGGCAGCAUUCUGAAGGAUCUGAAGAGGUUCCAGGGCGAGAAGGAAGACGAUCUCAGGCGUUACAUGCUUGCAUAUGCGAAAAGCCAGAUCGAGUGGGCGCGCAAGUGCAAAGAAACAUGGGAAGAGGCCAAGACCGAAGUCGAUAAGAUUGAUGAUGAGACAUAGAAAACAGGCGUUCUAGCGGAACCGACUUCUAGGACGAUCAAAUAUGGGAUCCCUAAAAGCACAAGCGUCCAUACUGCGACGUUUGCAUAUUGUAAUUGAGAAUAAUGGAAUGUCUGUCCAUGCUCGCCAGAGUCGCGCAUGAUUCUUUUCCACGCCGACAUAAAUAGGAAUGAAUCAAUAUGGUCCGAGAAGACCAAAUGAAAACAACUACUUGAACGCGCUCACUCAGAUUAGGCACUUCACGAGACAAACGCCGCGCCUGGGUUAACAUUGUGCCAAAUCAUUAGUGGCAAAAAGUAUUCAUGGCGGGGAUAUGUAGACCACGCGAACUCUGAUAGGAGUACCGAGUAAACCUCAUCUAGUUCUCAUCCAUGCUGUGCGGCCAAUCUCUCAUUUUCCUCGCAUCUCUGACCAGUAUUAGCCCCUGAUUGGCCUCUUUCCAGAUCUUCCGGUAUCGCUCGGGGGCCACCAGCCUCUGUGGGCACGACUUGA